AUGUCGGGUCAAGGUUACCUCGAAAACACCAGCUUGCACACGCAGGCAAAAUGGCGGUCGGCUCUUUUGACGUACCCCGGAAACCUCAAGGGUGCUCUGAAGGAAGCCCAGAAAGAUCCCAAGAAGACUCUUUUCGGGGUCGCUCAAGGCAUUCCAAGCACAUUUCUGACAAAGGUCUUUGCUUCCACGAGACCCGACUUUAUCUGGAUGGACGUCGAGCAUGGAAUGUUUGACCGCCUGGUGCUGCAUGACGCCAUUCAAGCAGCCCAGCACCACUCUGAGGGCCAAACCAUGGUUGUUGUGAGAGUACCGGCGGAGGAUGAAGUCUCCCUAAGUACGGCUCUAGACGCCGGUGCCUCUGGCAUCAUCAUUCCUCACUGUGAGACCAGAGAACAGGUUGAAGAGUUUAUGAAGAGGGUUUACUACCCCCCUCUGGGUGGCCGCUCCUUCAGCCCCUGGGUCUUCACCCCCGGCAUCUCGGACGCUUCUCUGUAUCCGAACGAUGCGUUCAAUAUGAAGACAGCAAACAACCAUAUUGCCGUCAUUCCUCAGAUUGAAAGCGUCAAAGGAAUUGAAAACGUCGAUGAUAUCGCCUCAAUACCCGGCAUCUCCGCUCUUAUGUUCGGGCCGGGAGACUUCUCAGCCGAUGCAGGACUAGAGCUGAGCUUGGGGCAGCCUCAUCCCACCCUAAUCGCUGCUACGGAGAGCAUGUCCAAGGCAAGCAAGAAGCACGGUAUUCCGCUCUUUGGUGCCGCUAUGAACCUAGAGAUGGUCCCUGCGUUGGUAGAAGCCGGUCAUGGAGCGAUCGUGGUAAUGCUAGACGUCUGGGGUAUCGCCAACUUCACAAAGUCUAGCAUAGAGAAGGCUCGAGGGCUGAUUCCGACCUGA